UUUCAGAAUUCCCGACAUCGAGAGAUCCUCUUCAAGGGACAAAAUGGUAGCAGUCCAACGAACUACCAUUGAGGCCGUUUCAGCAGUUAGGCCUCUUAAAAUAAUCUCCUUAAUAUGCCUAGUCAUUGCUGUGGGUCUCAUGAUUGUUGCUCUUUGCUCAACUUCUUGGCUCAAGACAGGAUCAUUCAGAACGGGUCUCUUCAAAGAAUGCACAUCAACAAAUGAGCCAACUCAUGCUGCUCCAUUCCCUGGUGCACCUGCUCCUGGUUCAUGUCACAAGCCAUCGAGGAAUUCUGGAUUCCUUACCGCAGCAGCUGUUCUUCUCAUUGUUGCUCUAUUCCUCACUGCACUUUCUACCAUUUUCAAUAUUGUUGGACUCAGCAAAUCAGAUGUCCGUGGAAAAUAUCGAUGGUACCGAAUUGCGACAAUGAUUUCUGGAUUUUCUGUUCUACUGGAAUUGACCGCUUUGAUUAUGUUCCCAGCUGCAUUCUACGUAAAAAUAAGUGACUACGGUAGCCGCAGGAACUGGGAAGUUGAUUGGUCAUAUGGUAUUGCAUGGGGAGCAACACUUUUUACAAUUGGUGCAACGAUUAUGCUGAUUUGUGAUAAGGAACACGAAGAAGUUUAUUAUAAAGAAAAAACUAUCUACAAUCCACCACCAGAGCUCUCCGACCGAUAGUCUAAUUUUUUGAACUUUAAAAUUUUUUUUUUUUGAAAAUUUUUAAACGACUUUCCAUUUGAAAAAAGUCACCUCAACUCCUCGAAACGUGUAUUUCUCAAUCCGAUCCGAAUAAUAUUAAUUUUUUCUGUACAUAAUUUUAUUUUUUCUCCCAUCAACCUUGUUACGAUGCCGUGCAUUUUCUAUCGGUGAUCUUUUCUUCCCUUGUUUUUUAUGAAGAAUUUUAAUUUCAAGAAUAAAACUUCUAUAAUAUCC